GAUUCCUGCUAUGCAUGACGAAGAAGAAGUUGGUGAAGGUCACGUUGUUGCUAUACUCGAACAGCAGCUACACCGCAGCGCAGAAACAGAUUUGUCCGCUUUUGACAGUGAGAAUACGCCAUCGGACUCAUCGAGCGCGCCAGCUUCACCAGUUCGAGCCUCUCUGCGAGAUGUAUCGAGAUUCACUCAGUGGUCAUCAUCUCGUGCAGCUCAACAAUUGGUCAACCGAAGACAGAGGCGUUCCCGAAGUAAUUUGCCACCUGUCCAGCCUCUGCAGUCUGAUGGCUCGACUCAACCGAGCACAACGAUGCCGGGUGCGGAUGCUAGAGAGCACGAAAGCAGCCAGAGCCUGGGAGAUGCUGGGCAUGGAUCAGCCGAGAUAUCAAUGGCUCCAGCAACAACAGCGCAGAAUAGAAAUCGACCCUGGUGAGAAGAUGCGGCUUAGAAACGAAAUGAAUGCGUUUGUCCUUUUAUUUGUGGCUCGACGCUGAUAUAUACGCGGCUUUAUAGGGACUCAUGUCCCUUUGUCCUCCUCGUUGUGCUUGCUUUUCAUUGCGUCCGGAGUUUUGGGCACUUUAUCUUUCUUGAUACGAAAUUGGAGGGUUUGGCUAAUUUCCAUGAGAAUGGGUCGCGAUAACUGGCUGUUUGUGUAUAUGCGUUUUAUUUUUGGGGGCUUCCAAAACUGCAGCUCUUGUUAGACGAGGGCAUGUCUUUUCUCCUUUCUUUUGAGUUUGCUUUCCUGGGUUAUUAUUACAUAGCGAGGGCGCAUUAAGCGGGUGAUUUGAAGUGUAGCAAAUCAAUUUUUGAUUAUUUAUUUGUUC